AUGUGGAAAGAGGCAUCGGUAACAGUGCUAAAAUUUCACCCUCCAACAUUGAUGCAAAACAUCCAGACAUCUACCAAUUUGCUGGUGAGCCGGUGCCCGGGGCAGAAAGUUCAUGCCCAUCAGCUGUUUGGACACGGGUACGAAUGGUGGGAUCAGGCGAUUCCCCUACGAUAUGAGUGAACCAACAGAGGAGGAAUUGAAACAACAGAAGCUUGAAGCUGGGCUCAAGAAGUAUCAGGAGCUGAAGAAGAAGAAGAAUAAGAAGAAAAACAAGAAGAAGAGCGAGGAUGUUGAUGAGGAGGAGUCUGACUUGGUUGAGAAGGUUGACGCGUUGAACGUUCAUGAGAGUCAGGAAUCUUCUGUUGAGCCAAAUACCGCUGGGAUUGAUGACGAAUGUGCUGAGGUAGAGGUUGUAGAUGAUAAGCCUACUGAUGCUGUUGAGGAUGAAGCUGCCAAUGGUGAGGCCCCAGAGAAAGUAGAAGAGGUCAAGGAAGACCUCCCAGAAACAGAGCAUGUCAAAGAAGAUGCAGAAGAAGAUACAGAAGAAGCUAAAGAUGUGUCCAAGGAUGAACUUAAAGAAGUAUCUAAGGAUGAACCUAACCCUGCUGACGAACCCUCUCAAGAAUCUAAUGAUCCUGUCUCAUCACUUUUCGGUGAUUCUGGUCCUGGUUUCAUGGAAACCAUUCAACAGGCCAAAAUUGACGAUGAAAUUGCUCAAUUGAAGAAGCAGAACGAGGAGCUGAAGAAGACUAAUGCCGAACUCAGCGAGGCCAACGCACAGUUAAAACUAGACAACAAAUCUCUCAAGCUACUCAAGAUUGACCACCUCGAUGAGAUUGAAACAUUACAAGCACAGGUUCAGGAUCUCACUCUCAAACUGUCGAGAGCGAAAGCUGAUGCAAGCACUACCGCUCCGUCUCAUUCCGGAUACGAUUACCAAGAUGACAACUUCACCUUGUCGCCAUCGCCUACGUACCAGCAACCUCCAAUCACGUCCACAACAUUUAGCCAAUUCAACCUCGAUAAGAACGAAAGCACGCUAAGCUUAACAGAGUUAAAGGCAAGGCUAAACAAAUGGAAAGGUUGGAACGUUGAUAUGACCUCCUGGAGAUCUGUCGGCAGCGGCCCAAUCGUCACGCUUUGAGGUCAGUUGCACUACACCGGAUCAAUGCUAACAACAAGAUGCCUUGUCUAU